CUAGCGGCAGCCAUCAAUGAAUUCGACUUCAGUCGGUUUAGUGUUGAGCACGUGGUAUUUAGUGCUUUGUGUUUGACAACAAACUGUACCUUUUCUAGCGUAUAAAACCACCCUGCCACGGUGGUUACAGAAGAGGAAUCUCAAGAACAUUUUAUUCCGGACGAAAAUGCAAGCCUAGAGCUGGCUUCCAUCUGAAGAUAUGAACGUGAAUCAGGAUCAGUUGUUCUCGGCCCUGAAGAAGGAUGUGCGCUCCUUGCUGGUGUCGGCCAAAUUUGGCCUGGCACCGGAGCAGCUCAAGCGGGAUUACCAGGCUCUAGUCGGCCACCCUUUACCCCUGAGGGCACUUGGGUUCAGAUACAUACUAGACAUGGUCAAAGACAUGCCUGACGUUGUUUAUGUGGACUAUCAGCCAGAUGGAAAUAUUGUCUUAAAAGCUGUUGGAGAUGAAACCACAAGAGGCAUUCAGGACCUGGUUGCCAAACAGAAAACUGUCAAGCGCAAGCCUCCAGCUCGACAAUUUGGCGCCAAUAAACCAUAUUACCCCCAGUCCAAGUCACUCAUCAUGCCCAGGCGAGUUAUUGACCCUCCGCCUCUCCCAGCACAUCUGCGAAGCCAGCUUCGUCAGCUGCUGUCUCAGGGCCCUUUGAGGUUGUCAGAGUUGGAGAAGUACUACACGCUCCGCUUCGGACGGAGACUGCAGCCCGAGUCCUACGGCUAUUACUCUCUCACUGAGCUGCUUUCUGCUACUGCCGAUUUCAUCACCGUUGAACAAGGCCGGAGUGGCUCGCUGCUCAAGCUGAAGAGUGUGAUCACACCACUGCUGCUCAACCCCCCAAGAGCCCGCAAGCAGGAAGUGCCAAACUCAGUAGGAAAGCUUCCUCCAAAUCCAGUUUGUCAGGUUGAGGCUUCUAAGGAAAGGGUACCAGUAAUACAUCCACCUGCCUUCGAGGUGCCAAAGACGACCCAGCAGAACCAACAGCCAGAGGCAUCCCUGCGUCAUCAGUCUAUGGAGGAGUCUAUCUUAAAGCUAGAGGAACAGAUGAGGCAGCAGAUCCUGAAGAUGGGGGAUGCCAGCACCGUCAGCACCGAGCUGAAAAACAAACUCCACCAGAUUGUGACUGAUAACUCAAAUGGCAUAGCCCUCCACCAGCUCCCACUGGUGUACAAGAAAACAUACGGGGAGGAGCUGCCCCUGGCCGAGAGUGGCUUUGUGAACGUGUCGGAGUUGGUAGGGGCUCUGAGCGACGUGCUGUGCGUGAACGCCGACCCCACGAGCAGCCAGGAGGAGACGGGCCGAGGACAGCUGAUUGUGAAGCAGACAUCAAGCACCCCAGAGAAGACGGUGGCCGCCUACCAGCAACACCAACACAGCUCUGGAGAACUGACCGCCUCCGCAUGGGACACCCCCUCCAAGGAGGACCACAUAGACCAUGUGGAGGUCUUUACCCAGAGGAAGGUCAACAAGUCCAUUCUAGAGGUGUUGCCACCAGUCCCUGUGGCAGCAGCAGCGGUGCCUCUAGAUCUGGUGCUGAACCAGAGAUUGAAGGCCCCCGUGCGGCGCAAGGAGAGGGAGCUGAUGUCCGUGGUGGUGGAGCACACCAAGACGCCGGGCCACUUCUACUUGCGCUUCGAAGGACCGGAGGCUCGGCUGCUGGAGGACAUGAUGCUGCAGAUGAGAACCUUCUACACAUGCCCAGAGAUGAGCCAGCGCCACAAGCUGCUGGAUGUAUUUGUGCGGCCCGGCCAGGUGUGCUGUGUCUCCCCGCAGAGCAUCUGGUGCUACCGGGUGGUCAUCCUCCAGGUGCUGGACAGUCAGCAAGUGGAGGUGUACUACGUAGACUUUGGAGACGUCUCAGUUGUGGACAAGGACCGCCUUUGCUUCCUGAAGGCCUGCUAUGCAACACUGCCUGCUCAAGCUGUCCCUUCCUCUCUCUCCGGGAUCCGGCCAGUUCAGGGUUCGUGGACAGCUGGUGCCAUUGGAACAUUCCAGAAAAUGUGCAGCGGUCGUCUCCUGGUGGGAGCCAUAGACAGCUACCGGCACGGCUUCAUGCAGGUCUACCUGUGUGACACAUCCACCCAGGAAGAUAAAUACGCACACAGCACUCUCUUGACCGAAGGACACGCAGUAGCUUGUGCUAAAGCUGACUACUUGGAGACGUCGUGCAAGUCCAACCCGGUGUCCAUGUACUUUGGUCCCGGGGAGCUCCAGCCUGUAAAGAUGCCAGAGUGUUGGGGUGCUGUGAAGAGAAGUGGAAAUGCCCCAAGUAACCAAGAAAAGCUUAAUGUUUCUGAACCUGAGACUAAAGUCAUGGUGGAUUCUGCCCCCCUGGUCACCGCCCCAGCUGUGGAGACUGCUGCCCUGUGUGACGUCCCUGAUGUACCGUCUGUUGAGGAAUCUGCUCCCCUUCCGAAAGUCUCUAUUCCGCAGCCUGAAGUGUCCACAACAAAGUCUGUUCCCCCAGCUGAAGUUUCCACCCUACCAUCUCUUUCCCAAUCUGGCACCCUGUCUUUUGGAUCUGCAACCCUUCCUGAAAUUUCUGUCCUGGAUCCUGCAAACUGUUCUAAUAAUCCAGUCUUGGAUUCUCAGCCUCCGUAUCCCAGCAUGCCCACCAUACAGGCAUCUACCCUGCAUCCCCCUCCCUCCACCACAGAGGGCGCCGCCCUGGUGGCACCUCCGCAGACAGAUGUUAGUCGAAUCACUAAGGAUGACGUUCAAGUAAACGUCAACCCUUUUGAAGCUUUGCUUCGCAAAGAUUUUUUGCUGUGCACUGGAUGGGAUAAAGGCUGGCAACAAGGUCACAAUGGUGGCGACGCAAAGCCUUCGACAAAUGUUGACACCCCAAAGAAUGAGGUGUUGCCUGCUCCAGUCCCUGGUGUGGAUAGUCAUCUGUUGGAGCAGCCGGCUACCCCUGAGCCCUUACCCCAGGACCCCACUCCCUCCUACAGCCCUACCACUCUCGCGACAACAGCGGCGGAGACCCGCAGUACAGGUGUGGAAGGGUCCGCUCAGGUCAGCCCAGGACUCCUCUUCCCAAUGAUGAGCGUUGGGGCGCGGCUCAGUCCUGACAAGCUGUUCCUGCACCACGCCUCUCCACUGGCUCUCCGGCCAGCCACACGCAUGGCCGGCGGCCUCAACUUCCUCAAGUGGUGACUUGACCAAAACUUACAGAACACUGUACUGUAAGUAUCCUUACAUCUCAACAAGCUGUGGCGAAGGAUAAUUUUCUUGUGAACCAUGAAUGUACUGAAGAAAAGUACACUAAAACUUAAUGCAUAAUGUUUUUAGAGUUUUUGUUUUAAAGUUAACGGAAACUCAUUUUGAUAUUUUAUUUUAUCAAGUGAAAUAAUUUUUGGAUAAGAUUUUGUUUAUACUGCGUGUUUUUGUGUAACCAAGUACAAUUAUGUAUUUGAAGUGUUUGUUCUGCUGUUCAACAUAUUUGUCUGUUUUUCUUGCUUUUAUCUUCCAACAUAUAAAAGGGAAAAAAUGCAUAUUUUUACCAAUAAAUAAUUGGUUUAUCUUUG